AAAGCAUUCAUACAGCAGAAGAUAAAAUUCACCCCAUCGACUUGAUGGACACCCUAUCAUUGCGUAUUUCGCCCUUCCUCUCUUGGGGUGCAGUACUAGGAUGCCGCUGGGGUAAUUCAAACCCCCCAGAACUGUGCCUUUGCUUCAGUCAAUCCUCUUUGGUUUUUUUUUUUCAGUUUUUUGGUCUGGUUGAUGCUCGCCAGGUGGAAAGGGAAUGAGAUUCUGUGACAUUUCGUUUGUUUGAAAAUGGCGACGGAGAAAGACCUAGUAAAUGCUGUGAGGGAUUCCCUGGAGGCGGGUGGCGAGCUUGGACGGAUCAAGGCGGAAAUGCGAAGUGAAGUUAUGAAAUUAUUGGAUGGGUCUUCAGCGGCAAAUCGGACGAAGAGACCCGAAUCUCCGCGGGAUGUUAUUAUUUUGAAUGAAUUGAUACGAGAGUACCUAGAUUGGAUCGGCUACAAGUACACGUUAAAUGUUUUUAUAUCAGAAUGUGAAUUUGGAAAACAGCCUCUCGACCGCACAUUCCUAGCCAAGGAUUUGGGAGUGCAAGAAACUGACAGCACAAAUAAAUUACCCCUCCUCUUCAGUCUCGUAGAAACCUUCAGAAGUUUAAAUACUUCACACCAAGAAUAACAAAAGUAAUGAGGCAAUACUCCCCUUAGAAAGUGCCUCCACUAAUUUCCAAAUGUAAUUUAUAACAACUUAAUCCUAAGGUAAUAAUCGAUUAAAAGAGUUCAAUUGAUAUUAUAAUAA